UUUGGGGCUUUUGUUUUGAUGGACUCCGAAAAUUCAGUCCAUGUUUUCGUUUUCAUCAACUCAAAAUCGUUUUCUCAGUUUGAAUCUGUUGUGUUCUCCAUUGAUCCUUCAACUCAAAGCCAUCAUGAGGAAAAGAGAUUUAUCUAUUCUUAUGCUCUCCUCUUUCGCCAUUUUCUUCUCUCUCCAGCACGAGGGAGAUUUCUCGUUUAGAGAAGCGUGGUUGCGUUUAUCCGAUGAAUAUCCGAUCAAAUACGAAGCUGAGCGUCUCCCUCCACCUCUCGUCGCCGAUCUAAACGGGGACGGAAAGAAAGAAAUCCUCGUAGCCACUCACGAUGCCAAAAUUCAGCUAUUGGAGCCACAUGCACGACGUGUCGAUGAAGGAUUUAGUGAAGCGCGUUUGCUGGCAGAGGUGUCUCUGUUACCUGAUAAGGUCAGGGUUGCUUCUGGUAGACGUCCGGUUGCUAUGGCCACCGGUGUUAUAGAACGAACAUAUCGAAAUAAACCUCAGAAGCGGGUUCUGGUUGUUGUUACUUCGGGUUGGUCUGUCAUGUGUUUCAACCAUAAUCUCAAAAAGCUAUGGGAGAAUAAUUUGCAGGAUGAUUUUCCACAUAGUGCACACCAUAGAGAGAUAGCGAUAUCUGUAAGCAAUUACACCUUGAGGCAUGGUGAUUCUGGUUUAGUCAUUGUUGGUGGGAGGAUGGAAAUGCAGCCCCAUAUGUACCUAGAUCCUUUUGAACAAAUCGGGAUGGCAGAACGAAAUGCUGAACAGCAUAGAAGAAGUGCAAAUGAAAAGGAGGCUUCUGAAAACUUGGGAACUGUGCAUUUACGUCAGUUUGCUUUUUAUGCAUUCGAUGGACGAAAAGGUGUAAUUAGAUGGUCUAGAAAGAAUGAGAAUUUUGAAGAAAAUUCUUCAGAUCUAUCACAGUUAGUUCCACAACAUAACUACAAGCUUGAUGUUCAAGCACUCAACAGUCGUCAACCUGGUGAGUUUGAGUGCAGGCAAUUCAGAGAAUCAAUCCUUGGAGUUACUCCGCAUCAUUGGGAUAGGAGAGAAGAUACAUUGUUAAUGUUGUCACAUUUCAAGCGGCAUAAAAGGAAACCACUGAAAAGAAUACCUGGAAAGGCAACAAUUUAUCCUUUUCACAAGCCUGAGGAACACCAUCCUCCAGGGAAGGAUGACACCAAAAAAAUUUCAAAUUUUAUUGGAAAAGCUGCAAAGUAUGCUAGUUCAGCAAAAUCAAAGAAGGCAUUGACAUUUAUUCCGACCAUAACAAAUAAUACUCGGCUCUGGUGGGUUCCUAAUGUUGUUGUAGCCCAUCAAAAGGAAGGGAUAGAAGCUGUUCAUUUGGCAUCUGGUCGAACUAUAUGCAAGCUUCAUCUUCAAGAAGGUGGCCUUCAUGCUGAUAUUAAUGGAGAUGGAGUCCUGGAUCACUUACAGGCUGUUGGAGCCAAUAGUGGUGAGCGGACUGUUAUUAGUGGAUCAAUGGAAGUCCUGCGACCAUGUUGGGCUGUGGCAACCUCCGGAGUACCUGUUAGAGAACAACUGUUUAAUGCUUCAAUAUGUCAUUAUUCCCCUUUCAAUUUAUUCCAACAUGGAGAGUUCUAUAGAAGUCUCGGUCGAGGUGCAAAUGCUGCGUCUUUGGAAGUGGCAACACCGAUUUUCAUACCUAGGAGUGAUGGACAUAAGCAUCGGCAGCGGAAGGGGAGUCAUGGUGAUGUUAUUUUCUUAACAAGUCGAGGAGAGUUAACCGCAUACUCUCCCGGCUUGCACGGGCAUGGCGCUGUUUGGGAAUGGCAGCUUUUGACGGAUGCUACAUGGUCAAACCUUCCUUCACCUUCAGGUAUGAUGGAAGGCAGUACGGUGGUUCCGACGCUCAAGCCGAUCUCCUUGAAAGUGCAUGACAAUCAGCAAAUGAUCCUUGCGGCAGGAGAACAUUCAGCCGUAUUCAUUUCUCCUGCAGGAAGUGUAUUAGCAACUGUAGAUCUUCCUGCUACACCUACCCAUGCUCUGAUCGUAGACGAUUUCUCAAACGACGGGCUAAGUGACCUCAUUGUUGUGACGUCUAGUGGAGUAUAUGGUUUCGUCCAGACGAGACAACCAGGUGCCCUGUUCUUCAGCACACUGGUGGGUUGCCUUUUACUUGUGAUGGGAGUAAUCUUCGUCACUCAGUACCUGAAUUCAGUCAAAGGUAAACCUCGUAGUUACUCUUAAGCUCUUCCAAAAUGCAAAAUAAAACCAGCAAAGAUC